GUCAUAAAUGUGUCAUAAAUGUCAAAGUACAGUUGUUAGUUUGGAGGAACGUGUGAGAAAACACAAAAACUGAUUCAUUUUGCAUUUUAUCAUAAAAAUAAUUAAUUCAAAGCAAUAAUUAAUAAUCGAAAAUGACUACGGCUGCACGCCCGACGUUUGAUCCAGCUAGGGGUGGCUCUGGUCGCAAUGAAAAAGAUCUCAGUGCCAUUUCAAGACAAUAUUCCAGCAGAGAUUUGCCUGGACAUACAAAACUAAAAUACAGGGAACAUGGUCAAGGCACAGUUGAUGAAACCCGGUCACGCGACUUCCGUAAAGAAUUAGAAGAUCGCGAACGAGAUCCACGCAAUUGGCGCAACGCAAAAACUUCCGCUGAUCACACCAGCAGUGGUAGUAGCAGUAGUGCAAGUAAACGCCUGAAAAUCGAUCAAUUGCCUGCUGCUAGCCUCGAUGCAGAUGAUCCAGUCGACGAGGGCGAUACGUCUGAUAGCGACAGCGACGAUGACACCGAAGCACUACUCGCGGAAUUGAACAAAAUUAAAAAAGAACGCGCUAUGGACCAAGCAAAGAAAGAAAUCGAACGCAGGCAGGAGGAAGAACGCAUCCGAAUGGAGAAUAUUUUGAGCGGAAAUCCCCUCUUGACACAUUAUUCAGCCGGAGCGGGGAAAAAUGAUCUCAAAGUCAAACGCCGCUGGGACGACGAUGUUGUAUUUAAGAAUUGCGCUCGAUCUGAACCCGAUAAAAAGGGUACUUUUAUUAACGAUUCAUUACGCUCAGAGUUUCAUAAGAAGUUUAUGGAGAAAUAUGUUAAGUAGAGUGUCAUUAGGUAAUAAUUUAGAAUAAUUUUAAUAUUAUAAACAGUAAUUAUAAUUUUGACAAACUGUAAUUAAAUAAGUUUAUUUGAA